AUGUUGGUCCUCAGCCCGCUGGCCCGGGGAUCUUACCUGCUGCUUCUCUUCUGCUUUGCUUUGUCUCAGACUGCGUACGCUGACAAUGCCUUCUCAAUUUCAGCAGAUCUCCCUUGUUUGGAACAGAAGAAGCAGCCCAGCUGCAGAGCCUGCUGCCUCCCUGGCCCUCCUCCACCACCCCUGUUCCCACCACCGUACUUCAGGCACAGCUGGGGCACUAAGCUGGAUAUGGAGGAGUUGUGUCGUGAGCUCCAGGUGAUACAGGCGGCCUCUCUGCCCGAAUCACCCUGCUCUGCAGGGCCUCCUGGCCCCCAGGGUCCACAAGGAAUUCCUGGUAUAAUGGGACCAAAAGGGGAGAAAGGGGAGAUUGGCAGGCCUGGCAGAAAGGGCAGACCAGGUCCCCCGGGYGUCCCUGGGAUGCCAGGACCAAUAGGAUGGCCUGGACCUGUGGGACCGAAGGGUGAAAAGGGAGAGUUGGGUGUGAUGGGAUUGCCAGGUACAAGAGGACCAAUGGGCUCCAAGGGUUUUCCUGGAACUAGAGGAGAAAAGGGAUCCAGAGGUGACAGAGGUGACAAAGGAGUCAAAGGAGACCAGGGAGAAAUAGGCUUCCCUGGAAUGCUGGGACAAAAAGGAGAGAUGGGCCCCAAGGGACAGUCUGGAGUACCAGGACACAGAGGACCUAUAGGAAGACCKGGAAAACGAGGCAAACAAGUAGGACCNGCGGGUGUCAUGGGCCCACCUGGUAGACCUGGUCCUGUUGGCCAGCCAGGGCCCCCUGGACCRUCAGGGUUGGGGCAAUUUGCAAUAGGACCAAAGGGAGAAAGAGGACUUCCAGGGCCUCCAGGGAGAUGUCUCUGCAGAACCCCACAGCAAAUGAGUAACCCAUCAUAUGAGGACUCUGUGUUUGGACACGGCUACCCAAAAGUUCCCGCGAUUUUUGUGGUGAAUAACCAAGAAGAAUUGGACCGGUUAAACACUGAAAAUGCCUUAGCUUUUAGAAGAGAUCAGAGGUCUUUGUAUUUCAAGGAUACCUUUGGAUGGCUCCCAGUCCAGCUCACCCCUUUCUACCCCGUGGAUUUCCGCUUCGAGGAUGGGGGUACCUGUGGAGACGGGAUCGUGCAGGAUGGGGAGGAGUGCGACGAYGGCAACGCGGUUGUGACCGAUGACUGCAUAAGGUGCCGCCGWGCUUACUGCGGAGAUGGCUACAAGCACGAGGGUGUUGAAGACUGCGAUGGGAUGGAUUUUGGAUAUUUGACAUGUAGAACAUACCUUCCCGGGUCUUAUGGAAAAUUGCGAUGCACUUCUUACUGCUACAUUGACUCCACACAAUGUCGAUACUUCACAUGAGCGAGCGGAGGUGUAGCGGGUGCUAGGUGCUACACUGUCACCUAUCCAGGAAGGACUGGGACAAAAAAAACACCCACCCAGCUCUGUGAAAACAAAGACACGUCAUGCUGCUGAUGGCCAUUUUGAGAGAUUUUUUUUUUUUUUUAUAAGUUCGUCAGAUAGGGAAAAAUAGGACCAUUGCAYCCUGUCUUAAUAGAGAAAUAAAUGUUAGUGUGUGCCAGUGACACUUUCAGGUGGCUGCAGAUGGCAACUUGCUCUCCAUCACAAAAGCAACAUCAAACUACUGGAAGCCGAGUUUCAUUAACCAGGAAUGCCGAAUUUCAUUAACCAGGAAUACCGUGUAACAAUUACCUCGACUUAGCACUGUUAAACCCCAAUGUAAUCUCUUCAGGGGUUUUGUCUUUAACCUUUCUCAGCAUAAACACAAGGAGGAUCUUGGAUGCGGUGUUUAGAGGGAUUUUCUCUUUUAUUACAAUGUGAAUUUAGCAAGUGUUGUAUCCACAAGAAAUUACUUCAGCAACAGUAAGGUUACCGAUGCUCCUUCAUCAGUCAAAGGAGUAAAAGUUCUUUCAGAAUCAGCAAAUCAGCCAAAUAAGCUGGUUAACUUCACCCUCAGGUGAAGGUGUUGUCUGUGUGUGUCUGUGCACUACAAGCAGUUACAGGAGGCCUGCAAAAAAACACCACAAAGGACAAACUGGACAAAUAAACUGUGAAAUAGCCAAGAAGUUCUCUCCCAGGAGAAAAUCAAACAAGGAGGGAAGAUAAAGAAGGAACAUAUUUCUGUAUUUUUCUCCUCUGUGCUGAGCUGGCUGGGCUCUGAGUGACUCCAAGGAGUUGGGACAGCAUCGGUUCCCUGCUGGAAACCAUGGCCAUGCACACGGUAUCUUCACUCUGGUGUCCACAYUGGAAGGUCUUUACAUUGGCAACCCUUUGUCCACCCGACCAUCACCAGUCAAUUACCAGUUAUACCCUGUCCUCCAUCCCCCUCUCCCACUUAUUUCCACCACUGUGUACCCCAGUGAAUGUGCCCACUUUUGCAUUACCAUAAAUCAGACC